AUGAAGCAUGUCUUCGAAAACACACCAAUCUCUUUAUUUCUAAGCUCCAACAGUCCCAGUAUCAGCGAUGUGAUUCUUGGGGAAAAGUUCGGCGGACUUGAGAACGGCCAGUGUCGGCCCAUUAUCGCUGACAUCCCAUGUUUAGCAAGAGCCUUCGCCUCGGCUGUGGAGCUGACACAGUAUCCAGGUAUUCGCUAUAUAACGAAUACUUUUUGGACCUGGUUCAACAGGGCUCCAAAGUCUCCAAAGAAGCCUAUGGCCGUGCCCAAGCAAACAGAGAGCCAUAUCAAGGAGAAUAAACUUAUAUCACGGAUACUUGACGGUCCUGAAGACCAACGGUUGUCACCUGUCGAAAAUGAGGCCAUAACAAUGGCUCUUAUCAUCGCGGGAAGCGAGACCACGGCUACUUUGCUGGCGGGCUCGAUAUAUCUGCUUCUAAAGCAUCAUGUAUGCCUCAAAAAGCUAACGUCGACUCUGCGCACGCAAUUUCAUACCAGUUCUGACAUGACACUGUCUGCCCUUAAAGAGCAGCAAUACCUUAAUGCUAUCCUCAAAGAGAGUCUUCGCCUCUAUCCUCCCGCCCCGGGGAACCUAUUCCGUCGGACUGAAAAGGAAGGGCAUGUCGUGAUGGGGGAGGAGAUUCCGUCUAAUACAACUCUUACGAUGAAUCUAUGGGCAGCCAACCGCUCUGCGCUGAACUUCCAUUUGCCCGACAACAUGGUUCCUGAACGAUGGAUCCGGCCUCGAUCAGCUGAGUAUCAAGACGAUGACAGGUCUGCCAUGAAGCCUUUUAGUAUCGGGCCGCAAGACUGCCCUGGGAGAAAUUUUGCGUGGGCCGAAGCGCGUCUGGUGCUUGCGUAUACGCUGUGGAAUUUGGACCUAGAGCUCGUGUCAGAGAGUCAAGACUGGAUGACCUGGCAGAAGGUGUUUAUGUUCUGGAUGAAGCCGCCUCUGAGAGUCAGAUGCACACCAGCACAGACACGGGUUGAAUAA